AUGGAGAUGUUCCUGCCCGCGAUCCUCAGCGACCUGCUCGGCAGGUCCGUGUCGUUCCUGGUCCAGAGGUGCCUGCAGCAGGGCAGCGCGGAGGACAGCGUCCAGCAGCUGCGCCUCGCGUUGCUGCGCGUCGGCGUCACCGUCGAGGAGGCCGAGGGCCGGCGCAUCACCAACCAGGCCAUGCUCCGCCAGCUCGACGCGCUCAGAGAGGCCAUGUACGGCGGCCACUACAUGCUCGACGCCCUCACGUGCGGCCGCGGCCACGCCGACGACGACGACGCGCCGGCGCCGGCCCCGUGCCGCCUCUCGUCCGUGCUGUCCAGGCUCAACCCCGCCAAGCGCCUCUGCUUCGGUGCCGCGGAGGUGCGGCGCGUGGUCGACAGGCUCGGCUGCAUGAUCGCCGACAUGAAGGAGUUCGUCGUCUUCCUCAAGGGCUAUCCUCGCGUCUGCCGCCAGCCCUACAGCGCGCACCUGCUCCUGGAGAGGUCCAUGUUCGGCCGGCAGAAGGAAAUGGAGCAGAUCGUCGGCUUUCUGCUGCGACAAGGAGAAGCGGAGGGUGGAGCCGGCGUGCUCCCCGUCGUCGGUCCGGCCAGGGUCGGGAAGAGCACCCUCGUCGAGCAUGUCUGCCAUGACGACAGGGUGCGCAUCCACUUCUCCUCGAUCCUCCUCAUGAGCGGCGACGACCUCGAGGACGACGAGAAGCUGAGCGACCCAGGAGACCACGGCCUGAUCAAACACCACGGCCGUGCCUCGCACCCGCACAAUAAAGGCUCGCUCGUGAUCGUCGAGCUGGCCGGAGACGAGGUUCCAGACGAGGCGAUUUGGAGGAGGCUCCGCUCCUCGGCAUUCUGCAAGGGGGGUGUAACCAAGAUCAUAGUCACCAGCAGGUCGGAGGCGGCCCAGAGGCUGGGCACAGAGCGCGCGCUCAGGCUCAAAGUCCUCAGCCCAGAGGCCUACUGGCACUACUUCAAGACGCUGGCCUUCGGCGGCGCGAACCCGGAGGACCACCCGGGGCUGGUGGCCAUCGCCAUGGACAUCUGCGCGGAGGAGAAGGGGUCGUUCAUCGGCGGCAACAUCGCGUGCAGCCUGCUGAGGGCCAACCCGGACGCCCGGUCCUGGCGCAGCGUCCUCCGGAACAUGCGGGAGUACACGGAGAAGCACCGGCACCUGUUCGGCAAGCACCCGCACGACCUCCUGCGGAAGAACCGGCACGUCUACCUGUGGCGGCUGGCGCGGACGUCCAAGGUCUUCGUCUCCUACGGCUGCUACCAGGCGCGCCCGGCGCAGGAGGACGCCCCCAGGAUGACGCUGCAGGAGGUGCUGUCCGGGCGGCCGGCGCCCAGCGGGAGGUUCGAGGCCCUGGCGUGGAGGUCCCAGAUACCCCCUUGCUACAGCUACCUCAUGAGCUGCUCCGUGCAGACGCCCGUCGUGCCUCGUGUGCUGGCCAGGAAGAAGAGCUCCCGGCUGGUGGUCUGA